CUCUCAUACUCUCCUUGUGCGCGACCCCCGGUUUCCCGCCGUGUCACUCCUUGUUUCCCUCGAUAGCUAGACCGCGCCACGCCCAAAGCUUCGCGUGAUCCCACCUUGAAUUCAAUUCAAUCAUUACGUCGACGGGAAGUGGUCAAUCACACUACCACCGCCUAAUCAUAAUUCCUACGGCAGCCAGUAAAGAACGUCGACAGUCCCUACAGUCGCGGGUUUCCUUCCGGAAGGGUUGGAGGGAGAUCAUAGCAUAGCACAGAACGUGGAAGCUUCGACCCCGGCUUAUAAAUCCACCUGGUCCACCUGAUCUUUGCUUGGAUCUUGGAUCGCAACCAUGACGACGGAAAUGCAGUCCUUUUAUACCCCGUCCACCUCGACGCACAUCUCGUCCCAUGCGCCGGCGGCGGUCGACGAGCUGAUCACCAAGUACUCGUCCACCAUGUCGUCCGCCAACACCCCGGGGAGCCAUUUGGCGAGAAAGAACUCUCGUCGAAACAUCCUGCAGCGAUGUGUCGAUCGGGUGCGCCUCGAGUACUACCGCUACGAGGUGACCUUCGGACUAUACGUGAUGACCCCGGGCGAGAAGCUAAUAGCCAACGCCUUCGUCAUGAUCGUCUUAUCUCUUCUCUUCUGGGCCGCGCUGCUCUACUUCCCCUCGCUGCUGUACCAGAAGCUGAGCCGCCUCGUAUGGCUCUUGACCGGACACAGCAGUGCUGAAAUGGGCGCGGCCUUGGGCAUCCUCGACACCCACGUCAGUUCCAUGUCGGCGCCUUUCCCGACAGAACCGGCCCUCUCGUGAGCGAUGCUGCGCACGACUUAUAUACCAACGGCCCACGGGCUUCCUUUUUGCGCCUUGUUAUUCUUGGUUAAUACCACGCUUAUAUAAUUCCCGAUGGGAUCCAAUGACCUUUAUACCGGUGGUAUGCGAACCUGUCCCCAGCUUUCGAUGCUCUUUCCUCAUGCAAUCUCGGAUUCUGACUUUCUGACUUUUUGCGCUCAGACUAUUUUUUGACCGUCACACGGAGUUGGCAUGCGGCGUUCUGGAUUUUGCUUUUUCUUGGAAGACACCUUACCUCACCAAACUUAAUGACUUGAAUGGGACACAAGAGACACCUGGAUUGAA